AUGUCCGUCCCACUCUGGAGUGGAACACACCAGCUAGAUCAUGUAGGCCUUGGCAGAAUCUGGAAGCUGGGGAGAGACUGGGAGAAAGAAAACAGAAAUCAGUUUCUGCUUUGCAAACAGGAUGAGGAGCUUGCACUGCAGAACAAUGGACCCAUUGUCUUGUUGUGUUUGGAAAUUAGUUGGAGGAGGGGAGAUGGUGUUUACAGCUCAAAUAUUGUUUCCUACAGUAUCCUGUGUUUCGAAGAAACGUCCGUUAGAGUUCAUGAGAAAAUUCAUUUUCUCCGAGAUGUAUAUUUAAGAGCAAGGCUUUCAUUCUUCACUUUCAACUUGGUUCCCUCAGAAACAUGCUGGAGGUUUAAAUCCACUCUCCAACUGACUGUUGUUUUCUCUUCUUCUGCCAACAGGAACCUGUUGGACAGAGACACCUUCUCCAAAUCCGACCCAAUCUGCGUCCUGUACACUCAAGGCAUCGGCAACAAGGAGUGGAGAGAGUUCGGAAGAACAGAAGUGAUUGACAACACGCUGAACCCAGAGUUUGUACGCAAGUUCAUCUUGGAUUAUUUCUUCGAGGAAAGACAGAACCUGCGAUUUGAUCUGUAUGAUGUUGACUCUAAGAGUGCCAACCUGUCAAAACAUGACUUCCUGGGCCAGGCCUUCUGCACCCUGGGGGAGGUGGUGGGCUCCCUGGGCAGCCGAAUGGAGCGCGCCCUGGGGAUUGAUGGACAGAUAUUCAUGACGGUGGCAUCUGCAUCAUGUACCCACAAUAGCUGAAGAGGAUGAACAUUAGGCUGACAGAAAUCGGACUCAGUCAUUACAUGUGUGUGUAGCCGUAAAUGUCCAGGUUCUGAGGUACAUGCAGCUGCUGUGCCAGGUUGAGCUGUCUCCUUCCUGUGGUGUGUGUUUCUCAAUGAGAGGCUAAUGUAGUCCGGAAACACCAAUCUGUCUAUCCAUCACCUGUGAUUAGGAUGAUGAGAUGAGCUGUCUGCAGUCUGCAGCUAUUUAGGUCCUCUGUUUGAUUGUUCACAUAGCUGUCAAGCUGAGGGGAGCGGAGGUGGGUGUGCUGGCUGGGGUUAGA